CGUUUUUAUGACGUCACUUUUAUCAACAACACGUUUCCCUCCGUUCUCGCAAGUCUCAAACGCCAGAUUCCCCUAAAAUAAAGGUCUGAACAUCAUCAGUAGCUAGAAAAUACAAUUUUCAAUGUUAUAAACGUGAUCAGCAAAAUAAUUAUGGAAGGUCUUGGAUUAGCCAAUUGGAUUCAAGAUCAGUUAAGGACUUUAGGUCUGACUCGGCCCACACCCAUCCAAAAGAGUUGCAUUCCAGCGAUCUUAGAGGGACGUGAUGUCAUUGGGUGUGCCCAGACGGGCAGUGGCAAAACCUUGGCCUUUGCUCUCCCAGUACUACAUACUUUGAGUGAAGAUCCUUAUGGGAUAUAUGCAUUGGUUCUGACACCAACGAGAGAGUUGGCGUUUCAAAUCGCAGAUCAAUUUCGUAUUGUUGGGAAACGAAUCAAUCUGCAAGAUUGCGUCAUUGUGGGUGGGCGGGACAUGGUAGCUCAAGGCCAAGCUCUGGCAAAAAGGCCUCAUAUUGUCAUUGCUACUCCUGGCAGACUGGCUGAUCAUUUGCAAAGUUGCAAUACAUUUACCCUGAAGAAAAUCAAAUACCUGAUCAUUGAUGAGGCCGAUCGAAUGUUGGAAGGAGACUUUGACCAGAGUUUGGAUGUCAUCUUUGAAGCUCUUCCCAAAAAACGGCAAACCUUGCUAGUUACGGCUACAAUAACUGAUUCAUUGAAGAAACUCAAAGAGGUAACAUUGAAGGAUCCAUUCUUUUUUGAAGAUGAGGCCAAAUCCGGAACAGUUGAAAGACUCGACCAAAGGUAUGUCCUAACGCCUCCCGAGGCUAAAGACGGCUAUUUGGUACAUGUUGUGCAGUUAUGUCGGGAAAAAAUUGAAAGGUGCUCCAUCAUGAUUUUCGUGAGAACGUGUAAAGAGUGUGAAGUGUUAUGUAUGAUGCUUAAUCAGUUCGACUAUCAUGCCGUGUCCUUGCAUUCAAGUAAACCUCAAAGGGACCGUUUAGCUGCAUUAUCCCAGUUCAAGUCAAACCAAGCCAGAAUUCUCAUUGCUACAGAUGUGGCCAGUCGAGGGCUAGAUAUUCCAGCCGUAGAGUUUGUGAUCAACCAUGAUGUUCCCUCCAUAACCAAAAAUUAUGUGCAUCGAGUCGGUCGCACUGCCAGAGCUGGUCGCAAAGGCAUGGCCAUCACCUUGAUUACAUCUUUGGACGUGAAACUGAUCAAGGCCAUUGAGGCUCUCAUCCGCUUAAAGCUCACUGAGCUCGAGGUCAAGGAUGAUGCCGUGGCUGAAAUCUUGACCCAAGUUAAUGUGACCAAGCGUGAGCAAGAAAUCAAGUUGGACGAACAAGAUUUCGAUGAAAAACGAAUGGUGAACAAGCGGAAACGUCUCAUCCUCAAAGGAAUAGAUCCUGAUGAAUUGGAAAGGAAGAUCAAGAAGGAAAAGCGACAGAAAUGGAAGCUGGCAGAACAAGAACGGAAGAAAAAACGGAAACAAGUGGAAGAAGCGGCAGUAUGAAGAAUAUCUUGCCUCGCUUCCUGCUUGGUAUGUGCUGUUCCAUGUGGCUCCUCUGAUGAAGAAAGGCUACUGCGGCUAAAUAUGCCAGUAUCUGCAUUAAAUAUAGUGUUAUGCAAAUUUUUUGCCUACGACAAAUGUAGUGGAUAAGCCAUGUACUUACCAUAGCUACUCCCAUCAAGUUGUUACCAUGAGAUGAAACUGUGAAAAGCAACGCAGUGAUUGCUAUUCCGCACACCAGCGGCAUCCUAUCCAUCUUUCCCAAGGGAAUAAUCUGGAUUAUACGCAUGAUCUUUCCUUCA